UGUGGGAUUGUUGAGUGCAAAGAGAUUUGAGUGCUCCUCAGCUAAGUCAGCAUCACACAAAGGGGUUUUUUGAAAUGGGAAACAGCAAAAGUGGGGCUCUCUCAAAGGAACUUCUGGAAGAUCUCAAGCUGAAUACAAAAUACUCAGAGGAGGAGUUGACAGCCUGGUACCAAUCCUUUCAAAAGGAGUGCCCAAGUGGAAGAAUUACCAAGCAACAGUUUGAAGGUAUUUAUGCCAGUUUCUUCCCUGAUGCCGACCCCAAAGCAUAUGCACAACACGUUUUCAGAAGCUUUGAUGCCAACAGCGAUGGCACACUGGACUUUAAGGAAUACAUCAUUGCACUGCACCUGACCUCCUCUGGAAAAACUAUGCAGAAAUUGGAGUGGGCCUUUGGCUUGUACGACGUUGAUGGCAAUGGGACCAUCAGUAAAACCGAGGUCCUGGAAAUUGUCAAGGCCAUAUUUAAUAUGAUAUGUGUAGAAGAUCAAAAGACCCUUCCAGAAGAUGAGAAUACACCGGAAAAGAGAACAGAUAAAAUCUGGGAUUACUUUGGAAAGAAAGAAAAUGAUAAGCUGACAGAAGGAGAAUUUAUUCAAGGGAUCAUGAAUAAUAAGGAAAUUCUCAGACUGAUACAGUUUGAGCCACAAAAAGUCAAGGAUAGGAUAAAGGAAAAGAAACACUAGCUUUUAGGAACACCUGAGUUUUUUUUUAAACAAAGACUGUUUGAAGCAUAACUGUUUACAUAUUUUAUCAUCUCUGCACCUCUUAAACAUGUGUACUAGAUACUCAUUACAACAUUUCAGUUUGUGCAUCCAAGACUUGUGCAUUGUGAAACAAAAUUGCUCUCAACAUUGACUGUAGCGUCAAGUUAAUAAUCCCUUUGUAGCAAUUAAAUCCUCUUAAAUUCUGAAGGUCAAUUUAGACAAAUCCCUGCUAUGGACUGCAGGGCAGUAGCGUUAAUCUAAUAGGUUUCCUUUAAACGUCUUUUGGGCUUGGAACUAUUUUAGUGCUUCUCUUUACUUGCUAAGCAAGGAAUGAUGUUUUUCAGUGACACGGCCCUACUUUCAAUAGAAAAUAAAAGGUAGGAGAGAAUAAAAGUAACACAUCCUCAUGUAUUUUUUACCUAGUUUCUUCGGAGCCACACAAGAACUUACAAUUUAUCAAUACCAUUGUUAUUUAUGGAUUGCAUGGGUGAGAUUGUGUUUAUAGUUAUAAUUUUUCAUUAUUCUUAAUUAUGUCAAUGUAUUUGGUAAAGUGCUUAGAUUAAAUUAUCACACUAAAAAAUGGGUUUGAAAAUAGUCUAAUAUCAAUACCACAAGGGGGUUUAAUACAUAAGCGAUAUGUAAGGAAAAGCGUUCCUAUUUUACAUCUCUGAUUAAAAAUGCAAACUUAA